AGAUUUCGCCGACUUUUUUUUUGUGGGAUUUUCCCAAAACCAGAUGCGUCUACACGCGAGCAACAUGUAUUUCCUGAUAUUCUACGUUCUAAUCACAGUUUUUUUAUUUGUACAAUUCCAAAAACACACAAAAUUCAGCGAAGAUGACUUGAUCGGAGUAAACCCUAUAUUCCAGCAGCAAGUGAUCCCAGUUGCCGACAAAAAACUGGAAUUUCUCAAAAAUUGCGGGUGUAAAUCUACAGUAACCGGGAAAUUAUACGAUUUCUGUUAUAAGUUGCCAGAGGAUGAAAAAUCGAUUGGCAAGAAGUUUGACUGCAAGUUCGUGGAAGAAUGGGAGAAAAUUGAAUCUUCCACGAAAUUCGUUGAUUUACAAAAUGACAGUUUACCGGAGCCAGUUUUUGUUACAGCAUUCAAUAAUCCUUUUAUUAGAAAUGGAAAACGAUUGAUAUCCUCAAUUCGAAGACUUGGAUUUCACAAUAAAAUUAUUUUAUACAACUUAGGGAUUGAAAAGGAGAAUUUGAAGGCGUUGGAGAACUCUUGCAUUCUAGAAAUUCGUCACUUCAACUUUACCAAAUACCCUGGCUACGUGCGAAAUCUGAAAAGUUAUCGCUGGAAACCUAUUGUUAUAGCUGAAACUCUACGAGAAUUUGGAGCAAUUUGGUAUCUAGAUUCUUCAGUGGUUUUUGAGAAGAAAAAUGUGUCUCAUAUCUAUGAUCUUGUGACUUGUCACGGGAAAGUUAAUGGGACAAGAGCUCCACUACUAUCGAGCUCUGCACGGGAUCUGCGAGAAUCUCGAGAACCUCAUGAGAGUGGAUGGAAUCUGGAUGUGUGGAAGAGAAACUUGAAUGAGUGUCGGAAGGGACAGUAUCUGCUGCAUGGGUAUAGUGGGCAUGGGAUCCUGUCCGCCACAAAUCCAGCCGUCUACAAAUACUUCCCGACAAACCCGGCGGAACUCAAAAAGCCCAAAGCAAAAAUGUACGAUGCGGGAUUUGUGUACGCGGUGGCCACCCGACAGACCAUGUUGGAUAUCGUGAAAUGGUACUUCUUAUGUGCUCUUCAGGAAGAUUGCAUGGCUCCGAAGGAUGCCGUCCUGCGAUGUACAUUCGAGAAUGGAGACCGGUUUUCAAGUUAUGCCGGGUGUCAUAGAUACGACCAAUCAAUAAUCAAUCUGGUGCUUGCCAACCAAUUCUGGUACGAUCGAAGGUACUAUGUCAGUGAAAUCGUGGACUUUUUCCAUAUUGAUCGGAGUGGUUCGAUAGGUCAAAUUGAGGACCAGAGGCAGUGUAUUUGAGGCGAGUAGGCAUGCCUGCCUACAGUUGUUUUGCAUUUUUUUUUUGUUUCCUGUGACGUCAUUUAUUUAUGGGUACCCACUUUAUUUUGCUCACAUAAAAAAAUUAAUCUUACUAUUU